CAGUGACCCUAGCCAUGCAAUCCACCGAGGCCUGGACACAAAGCUGGGGUACGACGUCCUGGGACUAUUACUAUUCGGGCUCUGGCUCCCUGGAUCAAAUGGAGCUUUGCCCAGCCUGGGACCUGCCCUACAGCCACGCCAUCAUCCCUGCGCUCUACCUGGCGGCCUUCGCUGUGGGCAUGCCCGGCAAUGCCUUCGUGGUGUGGCUGCUGAUCAGGCAGCGGGGACCGCGGCGGCUGGUGGACACCUUCGUGCUGCACCUGGCGACCGCCGACCUGGGCUUUGUACUCACGCUGCCACUGUGGGCCGCGGCGGAGGCCAAAGGCGGCCUCUGGCCCUUCGGCGACGGCCUGUGCAAACUCAGCAGCUUCGCGCUGGCAGCCACGCGCUGCGCGGGCGCGCUGCUGCUGGCGGGCAUGAGCGUGGACCGCUACCUGGCCGUGGGCCGGCCGCUGACAGCGCGGCCGCUGCGGAGCCCGCGCUGUGUGCGAGCCGCGUGCUGCGGCGCUUGGGCUGUGGCGUUCCUGGCCGCUCUGCCAGCCUUGCUGUACCGCCGGCUGCAGCCGAGCCCCGACGGCGUGGGCAGCCAGUGCGCCGAGGAGCCAUCAGAUGCGCUCCAGGGCCUCGGCUUGCUGCUCUUGCUGCUGACCUUCGCGCUGCCGCUGGUGGUCACCCUGGUCUUCUAUUGCCGAGUGUCGCGCCGCCUGCCGCGCGUGGGGAGGGCCCGGAGCAAUUCGCUGCGCAUCAUCUUCGCCGUGGAGAGCGUCUUCGUGGGCUCCUGGCUGCCCUUCAGCAUCCUGCGCGCCGUCUUCCACCUGGCGCGCCUCCGGGCGCUGCCGCUGCCCUGCGCGCUGCUACUGGCGCUGCGCUGGGGUCUGGCUAUCACCACCUGCCUGGCUUUCGUCAACAGCUGUGCGAACCCGAUCAUCUACCUCCUGCUGGACCGCUCGUUCCGAGCCCGGGCCCGAUUCGGGGUGUGCACGCGCGCCGGGCGCCAGGUGCAAAGGAUCAGCUCGGCGUCCUCGCUCUCCAGGGACGACAGUACGGUUUUCUGGGGCCGGUCCCCAAAGGCGAGCUCUGCCUCAUUCUGGUAACCUCCCCGGGGAGGCACAGGUGGAGCGGGGCGCGGGGCGACAGUGCUCCCAGAUUCGCCCCAGACUGUGCAUCGGCUUUCUAAGAGCUGGCA